AUGAGCAAUAUGGCUUCAAAUGAUGAUAAGUUGGCUAGCAAAGGAAAGAGCUUAGUCAAAGCUGAAGAUGAUGGCAUUGUUUAUGUCAAAAUUUCAAUCAAAGGUUUGGAUGGACGAGAGUUGUUUUUCAAAGUGAACCAAGAUAAGUUUUUGGUAAGAGCAUUCAAGAAAUACUGUGAAGAGAUGGAGUUGGAAUAUCAUACCAUGCAGUUUUUGCUUGAUGAUGGUCAGAGGAUUAGAGGGGAACAUCAAACACCAAAAAUGUUGAAUGUGGAAAAUGGUGCAGAGAUUACUGCAGCAAAUCCUCAAACUGGAGGUGGGGGUCCAACUCUGUAA